UUUUGAAAUCCUAUUGCAUAAUCAUUUGUUCAUCAUGGCAUCCUAUGGGAAAGGAAACUUUGAUGGAUUUACUCCAUAUCAAGCUGAUUCACGUUCAGAGGGUUUGUAUUUGAUCAAGCUUUAAAAUUAUUACCAUUUUUUUAAAAAACAUAUGAUCUGAAACACAAGUUUAGCCAGAUCCUAACUUGUAUUCCAUAAUUAAUUGGCACUACAUAUGUGAUACAUUUUUAGUUAAAAAAUGUAAUGAAAUAAAAUAGUCUGCAAUAUCAUUGCAACAUUAUUUGUAACCACAAGACAAAGAUAGACUUACAAAAUUUGAAGGUAUAAUUCAAAGUUUAGGUCAAAUAUUUUAUUUGUAAAAUCUUAAAAGAGUGAUGUUUUGAUGCAUAUAUUAUGCAUGUUUUCAAAGUCCUAAAUGUGCUAUAAUAUUUUCAUAAAAGGUUUUCAGCAUAUAUAGACACAUCAAUGUUGAUUGUUGUAAAUUAUCAACAAAAUCUCAUUCUUGUAAAAUAAAGAUUAGUACCUAUUACUAUUAGUAAUAAACAUUUUGUUUACUUUUAUAACUCAGUCUAAGUCGUAAUGUUAUCUAAGUCCUAGUGUAGUUUGAAUCUUAGUGUUGUUAAGUCCUAGUGUUAUUUAUAACACAUUUUAUUGAUUGAAUUAUUUAAUAUAGGAUUUAUAAGUCAGAUAGUAGCACACUAAUUGAUUUUAUUUACAUAUUUAAUUUAGGAGACAAAGGUUCAGAUUUUGGCAAACUCACCAGGGACAUCAGCAGCAACAUUCAGAAAAUUACCCAAAAUGGUGAGUACGCUAGACCAUUUCAGAUUUGGUUGAACAACGCGGUAUUUCCAAGUGAUACUGAUUUAUUGUAAAAAUCUUAAAUGCAAGAAUUGUCAAAUUAUAUUAUUAUUAUUUUUGGAUAUUAUCUAUUUGUGUGUAAUGACUAGUAACUGUGAAAUAACUUUUCCAAUAUUUCAAGUUGGAAAAUGAAGGCUAAGUUUACUUAUGUGGAACAAGCACAUUUUUACUAAUCUAUAUGAGAUAAAAUGUCUUGUAACAUAAAAAGAUGAUUUUUCUAUAUAUAACAGAUUUAUUUGUAAAAAAUUAAGGUAUUAAUAUAAUUAACAGUUUUCUUAGGAAGUAAUAUUUGAAGGCAUUAUCAGUUUGAUAUGCUUGUGGGUAAAUGUCCUUUUUUUUUAUUUGAAUGUCUCAUCACAUUUAUAUAAAGGGUUGAAAAUAAUUGACAUUUGAUUAAUUGCUGUUUUCUAAUCAGUUAGCGAUAUUUUUUAAUUGAUGUUCUUCACUUCACUUGACAGUAUCACAAAUACAGAAGUAUGUCAGUCAGAUCGGCACUCCUCAGGACUCUGAUGAUCUACGCCAGCGAGUGUAAGUUCUCUUUAAGACAGAUUCAGUUAUGUAAGAAAUUUUUUCCCCAGAAGAUUUUCCUACCGUUCUACAAAAAUUACAGGUCUUCUUUAUCUGGUACUUUAUGAUAUUUUAUUUUGCUGGCAAAAGAAGCUUUUAAAAUAAUAAUCAAAGCCCUUUUAUAUGAGUAUAGGUUGCCAUUAGUGAAAUAUUGUUAUACCUGGUCUUUCAAAUUAAUUAAUAUUUAAUUUCAAAGUUGCUUCAUAAGUUUGAGUUAUCAGCACUAAUUCUUGGUUCUCUUACUUUCAGGCACGAGACGACCCAUUACACUAAUCAACUAGCUAAAGAGACAAGCAAUUAUUUGAAAAGUCUGGCCCAUUUACCAAUACCAGCAGCAGAACAAGUAAUUAUAUAUGUUGAUGGAGAUUUUUAAUAAUGGAGUCUGCUCUCAUAUCUCUAACUCCCUUAGUCAUGCAUUAGACGUAUACAUUUCAGCUUUAUGUAAUGCUUUCCUUUUGUUUCCUAAAGAUCUGAUAGUUUCCACAUACAAAGUGUCAAAGAUUGAUAUACAAUUACACAGAGUUAUACUGGUAUACAAAUAUACAGAUUGAUUUACUUGAACACAUAUUGAGUUACUGAUACACAAGCAUAGUAACGGUGCCUAAGAACUAUAACAUUGUAGCUGAAGUCAACUAAAACAGAAAUUCCUAUUUAAAAACCUUGUGUCUAGAGUUGUGCAAGGAAUUCCUUUUAUAGAUAUUCUUUUACUAAUCCAAAUAAAUGGACAUGUUUUUGAUCACAGUGUACACAUUGAUUGUCAGCGCAUGUAUUAAUAUUCUUAUAAACACAAAAAAUUUUAUACUUGAACAAUUUCAAUGUAUUGUGCAUGAUAUAGGCUGAGAUAUUGUGUAUGAUAUAGGCUGAUAUUGUGCAUGAUAUAGGCUGAUAUUGUGUCUGAUAUAGGCUGAUAUUGUGUAUGAUAUAGGUUGAUAUUGUGUAUGAUAUAGGCUGAUUUUAUAAUUUGGUAUGUUUAACAAUAUCCACAAUUAGAAACCAGUUGGAAUAAUGUUCAGCUAUUCCCACAAUUAGAACAUGUACAUAGGAAACCAGUUGGAACCCUGUCCAGCUACUCUCAGAAAUAGAAAUUGCUCAUGGGAAACCCUGUCCAGCUAUUUCCACAGUUAGAAACUGCUCAUGGGAAACCAGAUUGAACCCAGUCCAGCUAUUCCCAUCCCCAUUAAAUAUUCACCUUGCUACAAAUAUUGUUUUAUUUCAGUGCUAUUUUGAGGUACAUGUUUAUUGGCUGACAAAUUAUUUGUUAUUGAGUUUUAAACCUGUAACAAAGUUUUAAAUAAUUAAUUAUUAAUUUGUAAAUAUGAAAAAUAUGUUAAAUGCUUUAUAGCCAAAAUCAAAAUGAAUGAUUUUUUUUGCUCAGAGGCAAUGGAAGAUGCAGAAAGAGAGAUUGACUGAUGAGUUUAGCAAUGCUCUAAAGAAUUUCCAGACAAUUCAGAGAACAGCAGCAGAGAAAGAAAAAGCCAGUGUACAAAGGGCAAGAGCUCAAUCAGGCUUGGAUAAGGUCAGUGAGUCUAUGACAAAUAAUCACUUAAUUAUUCAUUCUAAAUUGUACAUUGCAAUUUGUACAAGUACAUUUAAGUUGUUUGGUGUUCCUAAAUGACUUUGGAAAGAAGUUUUUAAAAUUAUUUACUUCCUUAAUCUCGACACAAUACCCGGCAUUGACCAUGUAUUUAAGCUCAGGAAAGUAAUACAUAGCUAGUUUUAUUAACCUGUAUUAUUAUUCAUUAAACUGAAAGCUCUCAUUUAACUGUAAGUUAAAAACAAACUUUCAUCACAGGAUUUCUUUGGUAAUGAAUCAUCUGAAAACAGAGCUUUCUCUCAAACCUCAGGGUAAGUUGAACCUUUGAGUAUUGACCUCAGGGUAGUUGAACCUUUGAGGAUUGACCUCAGGGUAAGUUGAACCUUUGAGGAUUGACCUCAGGGUAGUUGAACCUUUGAGGAUUUACCUCAGGGUAGUUGAACCUUUGAGGAUUGACAUCAUUGAGUUAAAUUUAAACACAUUUCAGUUUAACAACAAGAACAUAAAAAUGAAGAAGUAAAUUUUUUUUACUGAAAUUAUGAACAUUUUAUUGAGCUUUUUUUUAUAACGAACAAUAAUUAAAUUAAGUUUAUGGGAAAUGAUAAGUUGGAAAUUGAGUUGUAUGAAUAUUGUCUAUAUCUCUUGUGUGACUGUAUUACUUUUUCCAUCUGAAUAGAUUUUCACAGACCAGGCAGAUCUUACAGAUGGAGAAAGAUGUUGACCUUGACCUAAUCAAAGAGAGAGAAGACGCUAUUAAAAAACUUGAAGUAAAUACUAACAAAAUUAUUCUUUACAAGGAAUUUGAGAGAAUUAGUUUAGGUAUACUGUCCUGAGUACGAUUUAUAUGCUUGAAUGAACCAGACAUUUUUUGUAAUUUAUGAGAAUUUUUAUUUAAGUGAGUCUAAUAAUUAUUAUUGAACUUUUUUUAUGAAUGUUUCACAGAGUGAUAUAAUGGAUGUCAAUCAGAUAUUCAAAGAUUUGGGAAUGCUAGUUCAUGAACAAGGAGAAGUUCUAGGUUAGUUGUUUAUAUGACCUGUGUUCAAAAGAAAUUUGUUUGAUGAAAGUUUGUUUGAACAUCAUAAUGAAAUAAUUGGAAAAAAAAAUACAAAAAUACAUUUGACUAAAAAGUUUACAUUUAACUAAAAAAUUUACGUUUUCCAUGUUUCCCUUUAAAAAAAAAACAAAUAAAGCUUAAUUCAAAAAAUUAAAUUUUGAACAAACCCCUGUUUACAAAAAAUUCCAUAUAGUUAAAUUUCCUUCAAAUUUCUUAUGUACAAAUUUCCAGAUACAAAAUAAAAUAAAUAUAUCCUCAAUGUUUUUAAAAAUCUUUGUUUACAUUCUAAUCUAAAAGAAUCAAAUGCCAUAAAUUAGAGUAAUUUCUACUGCGUCAUUAUAAAACGUUAAUUCACGCUAAGCCAUGCAAUAACUUUAACUUUUAAAAAAAUACAAAAUUUAGAACAAAAUAUCUUUAGGCUUGAAAAAAAGACAUGGCAACCAAACUAAUAUUUUGGCCUGAAGACUUGUUCAGCUGGCAAUACAAUAAUCAAAACACAUAAAUUUCAAUUAAAAAUAAAACUGAUGUUUUUGCAGAUCUCAAUAAUGUCAAUGUAGAGCAAAGUUCAGAACAGGAAGUGCUCUAGUUGUGUUACACUUGAUAUUUCCAUGAUAGUAUUAUGUAUUUCUUGCCAUUUGUUUCCCUAUUCAGAUAGUAUUGAAGCCAACAUUGACAAUGCUCAACUGUCAGUUGAAGAAGGAACAAAACAGCUGGGUAAAGCCAGGGAUUAUCAGGUAAGAUUUUAUGACAUUCAAAGCCAGGAAUUAUCAGGUCAGAUUUUAUGACAUUGUCAGGUGAGAUUUUAUGACAUUUAAAGCCAGGGAUUAUUACGUCAGAUUUUAUGACAAUUAAAUCCAGGGAUUACAAAGACAGAUUUUUAUGACAUUUUUAUUGCUUUUAUUGUCUUUUGUUUGCUUCUUUUUAGAUGCAAAAUAUAUCUUUCAUUUCUUAAUAAUAUAUUGUUAUUUUCCUGUGUGUAUAUUUUAAAUAUCUUAAUUGUCCCCUCCUAAUUAUGGUCAGAUUUCACCAAACAUCUUAAAAUAUGAACAAAAUAAUAAUCAAGUGACCUCCAGAUCAUGAAUAAUUUAAUUGAAAAUUAACAUGUACAAAUAAAUUAUUAUUUCUUUCAUCAAAAUUGUUAUUAUUUAAUAAUGUUACUUACAUAUGAACCUUCCUCCCUUUCUGACAGAUUUCUCCUUAAAACCUUCAUAUGUAAAUCACUGAUUAACUUGUAGAUUUAAUUUUAAAUCCUGAUACCAAAAGCAUAUUAUGGAUUUAUUUGAUGGAUGUAUUUGAUGGAUGUAUUUGAUGGAUGUAUUUGAUGGAUGUUUCUUUAAUAAAAGAUUUUUAUUUUUAUUUAUUUAUUUUACUUGCUUUUUUUUUUUUUGCUUUUUUUUUUUUUGACAUUUGGCAUGAAUUUUGAUUUAUUUUCAGUCUAGUGCAAGGCGAAAAAAAUGCUGUAUUUUCAUCAUUGUUGUGUUUUUUAUUUUAUGUUUUUUUUUUUUUUUUUUUUUUUUAAUAAAAUAUUUUUUUUUUUAUUUUUUUUUUUUUUUUUUUUUUUUUUUUUUUGCUUUUUUUUUGUUUGACAUUUGGCAUGAAUUUUGAUUUAUUUUCAGUCUAGUGCAAGGCGAAAAAAAUGCUGUAUUUUCAUCAUUGUUGUGGUUAUUCUGGGUAUUAUUGCCCUGAUCAUUGGCGUCAGUGUUAAUUAA